CCUACUAGCUACCGUGCUGCUGUUUUAUCACUCUGGAGUUGUGCCUCAUGGAUUUCCUCCGCGCCUGCGUCCUCUGCGCCGCUCUGCUCGGCCUCUCCAAGGCUUUUACGCAGCAGGAUAUGAAGGAUGCGCUGCUGCACAAACUGGGCUUGGAUGAAGUGCCUAAGAUCCAUAAGAGGGAUCUGGAGAACCUGGUUGUCCCGGCGCAUAUCAGAAACAAGUACAUGUCCAUGCUGAAGAUGCACCACAGCAGGAGACGCAGAGCUCUGCCCAGUCUAGCGGGCAUCCUGAGGGGAAUCCCGGGUAACGCAGAUAUCUCCGGAGAGUUUGUGUAUUCUGACACGGCUCGGCAGCGCAUGGUGUUCGAAAUGGAGGCGAGGAUCCCGGAGAACAGCGAGGUGACCAUGGCGGAGCUGAAGCUCUACCAGCGGGCUGUCUACCACAAGCGGUCCGCGGUGGAGAGGAAGAACCACCGGGCCGUCCACAACGCCCGGGUCUCCAUCUACUGGGUGGAGGGGCUGCCGAACGGAGACAACCGGACAGCACUGGUGGACUCACGGUUGAUCCCCAUUCACGAGCCCGGCUGGAAGAGCUUUGAUGUGACUCAGGCGGUGCUCUAUUGGUCCCGGAGACAGCAGAAGACACCUCUGCACCUGGAGGUGUGGAUCGAGGGCGAGAGACCAGGCAGCUACGCGGCAGAGCUGGCCAAGAGUGUCCGCUUCACCACCCAGGAGCAGACGGACAACACCUUGGGCAAGCCAGAGCUCAUCCUCUACACACUCAACCUCGACGAGUACGGUUCUCGUGGCGACUGCGACGUCAACCAGAACAAAGACACCUGCUGCCGAGAGCAGUACUUCAUCAACUUCCACGCCCUCACCUGGACGCAGUACUGGAUCAUCGAGCCGGCGGGUUACCAGGCCUUCAGGUGCACCGGAGGCUGCAAGCAGCCCAAGCGCAACUACGGCUACGGGGAGAGGCGGUGCACGGUGUCCGAGAGCGCCCCGUUACCCAUCAUGUACCUGGUGAAGAAGGGCGACUACACGGAGAUAGAAGUGGCUGAAUUCCCCAACAUGAUCGUAGAGAGGUGCGCCUGCACCAUGGACAACGUCUCCAUAGUGUGAAGACGGCCGUAGUGCUCCUAUAGUCACAGACUGCUGUAUGAAGAUUAUAGUGUUGAUAUAUUUAAAUGGGUUUAAACAACACGUCUAGUACUUUCUAUUUAAAUGGACAUUUCUUGGGAGUUUCAGGCGGUCCUGCUGCCGUUAAAACUCCUUCCACAAGCACUUUUACGUAUAUAUUUUUAUAUCUUUUUUUAAUUCAAAUUUGUAUGAGUUGUGUGUCGAAUCUGCAGUGAAUCGUUCAAAUUCUGUCCGAUGUGUUAUAUUUUUCGAGCUGUACAUAAUAUGGAGGAGUUUAUGUUUGGAAAAAUAAAAUAUUUUCUUUCACUUCCUGGUCUCUUCCCUCGCUGUCUGCGCCCCCCCCCCCCUCACAUUCACAUUCAUGAUCACAUUCACAUGCAGCCGCCUGCCUCCUCUGUCACCUCUCUAUUUACACUUUUAGGAAAUUGUGGAGCAGAGCAAAUAAUUUGCCUAAUGACUUAUAACGUUUGUUACACCGAGG